AUGUCCGAGACCUUCGAGUUUCAGGCUGAGAUCUCUCAGCUGCUGUCUCUCAUCAUCAACACCGUCUACUCCAACAAGGAAAUCUUCCUGCGAGAGUUGAUCUCCAACGCCUCCGAUGCGCUCGACAAGAUCCGCUAUGAGUCGUUGUCAGACCCAUCCAAGCUCGACUCGGGCAAGGAUCUCCGCAUCGACAUCAUCCCCGAUAAGGAGAACAAGACCAUCACCAUCCGCGACACUGGUAUUGGUAUGACCAAGGCUGACUUGAUCAACAACCUCGGUACCAUCGCCCGCUCUGGUACCAAGCAGUUCAUGGAGGCUCUGACUGCCGGUGCCGAUAUCUCCAUGAUCGGCCAGUUCGGUGUCGGUUUCUACUCGGCAUACCUCGUGGCCGACAAGGUCACCGUCGUCUCCAAGCACAACGACGACGAACAGUACGUCUGGGAGUCCAGUGCUGGUGGUACUUUCACCCUCACCGCCGAUACCGAGGGCGAGCAGCUCGGCCGCGGCUCCAAGAUGAUCCUCCACCUCAAGGAUGAGCAGUUGGACUACCUCAACGAGGCCAAGAUCAAGGAGGUCGUCAAGAAGCACUCCGAGUUCAUCUCCUACCCCAUCUACCUCCACGUCUUGAAGGAGACCGAGAAGGAGGUCCCCGACGAGGAUGCCGAGGAGAAGGAGGAGGAAGAAGACGAGGAGAAGAAGCCCAAGGUCGAGGAGGUCGACGACGAGGAAGAGGAAAAGAAGAAGAAGACCAAGACGAUCAAGGAGUCCAAGAUCGAGGAAGAGGAGCUGAACAAGACCAAGCCCAUCUGGACUCGCAACCCUGCCGACAUCACCCAGGAGGAGUACGCUGCCUUCUACAAGUCGCUCUCCAACGACUGGGAGGACCACCUUGGUGUCAAGCACUUCUCCGUCGAGGGUCAGCUCGAGUUCCGUGCUAUCCUCUACGUUCCCAAGCGCGCUCCCUUCGACCUCUUUGAAACUAAGAAGACCAAGAACAACAUCAAGUUGUACGUCCGUCGUGUUUUCAUCACCGACGAUGCCACCGACCUCAUCCCCGAGUGGCUCAGCUUCAUCAAGGGUGUCGUCGACUCCGAGGACUUGCCCCUCAACUUGUCUCGUGAGACCCUUCAGCAGAACAAGAUCAUGAAGGUCAUCCGCAAGAACAUCGUCAAGAAGACCCUCGAGCUCUUCAAUGAAAUCGCCGAGGACCGUGAGCAGUUUGACAAGUUCUACAGCGCCUUCAGCAAGAACAUCAAGCUCGGUAUCCACGAGGACUCCCAGAACCGCCAGGCUCUGGCCAAGCUCCUCCGCUUCAACUCCACCAAGUCUGGUGACGAGAUCACCUCUCUCACCGACUACAUCACCCGCAUGCAGGAGCACCAGAAGCAGAUUUACUACAUUACUGGCGAGUCCCUCAAGGCCGUCCAGAAGUCUCCCUUCCUUGACACCCUCAAGCAGAAGAACUUUGAAGUUCUCUUCCUCGUCGACCCCAUUGACGAGUACGCCUUCACCCAGCUGAAGGAGUUUGACGGCAAGAAGCUUGUUGAUAUCACCAAGGACUUUGAACUUGAGGAGACCGAGGAGGAGAAGGCCGAGCGUGAAAAGGAGGAGCAGGAGUACGAGGGCCUUGCCAAGACCCUGAAGAACAUCCUCGGCGACAAGGUCGAGAAGGUCGUCGUCUCUCACAAGCUCUCCGGCGCUCCUUGUGCCAUCCGUACCGGCCAGUUCGGUUGGUCGGCUAACAUGGAGCGUAUCAUGAAGGCCCAGGCUCUCCGUGACACCUCGAUGAGCUCUUACAUGGCGUCGAAGAAGACCUUUGAAAUCUCUCCCAAGUCGUCCAUUGUCAAGGAGCUCAAGAAGAAGGUUGAGGCUGACGGCGAGAACGACCGCACUGUCAAGUCGAUCACCCAGCUGCUCUUUGAGACCUCUCUCCUUGUCUCUGGCUUCACCAUUGACGAGCCCGCCAGCUUCGCCGAGCGCAUCCACAAGCUCGUCUCACUCGGUCUGAACGUCGACGAAGACGCCGAGACUGCUGAGGAGAAGGCUGAGGAGGAAGCCCCUGCCGCCGAGGCCACUGGCGAGAGCGCCAUGGAGGAGGUCGACUAG